AUCGAUGGAACUACAGCCGCAGCCAUCGUUACGGGUAUUCUUGCAAUAACAGGUGCAAUCGCAACUGCUUGGAUGUCGGGAUGGAAUGAAGAACGAACCCAAGCCCGUGCGAACAAAAAGGCACUUUCUCGAUACUCGGUCCCCCUUAUAAUCGCAGCCUGGGACCUAGCUAACUGGUUCUACGAUAUUCUUGAAGAGGAUAACUACACCCCAGAGCGAUGCGCGGCAUAUGGAAACGGCUGGACCGACAAAUUCACAUCAUAUCUGCUUGGCCAAUACUUUGCCGGCGUUCACAUUGUCCGCGAGAUGACGCACUUCUUCGCGCAUAUAAAUGGUGAGGAAGCCGAGAUGCUGAAGAAGCUUCUCUGGAAAAUUCAAGAUGAGUUCAUUUCCAUGCACUACGAUGGAAGGGAAAACUUAGAGAUGCGUUGGUUCGAGGGCGACAUACUGGCUGCACAAGAACAUUUGACUGAAGCUGUUCUCCAUGAUAGCACCGAGUUUCCUCGAGAACUACGUACAAUUGGUUAUGUCGAGUUCCAGAAGAAGUAUGCGCCAGCCUCUGACCCAGGAAAUGCGAAUUCUCCUGAGUUGUACAAGCUAUUCGAAUGGUAUGAGGUCCAGUUUCAACGAAUUAUCUACCGCCGAUUCAAGAGCCUAUAUACCAACAAAUGGCCAACGAAAACCAAUCCUCAAGGUUAUGAGACUUUGAAAGAGACCCUCGACACCUACGACGGGAGAAAACUAGAGAAAGACGUUCUGAAAGAAUGCCCCGAUAACCAGAAGAAGAGAAGGCGUCUAGAGGAAGAAGAAGAAAAAAUUCGAAGCGAGCGAAAACUAUACCCAAACAUCAGCGUCAUAGUACCCGAUCAUCGAGUGCGGCGUCUUCAGCACCUGCUGAGUGAUCUCGUAGAGGUGCUGGACGCUUUCACUGCCAUGAAGCUUCACCGUCCAGUGCGGAAGUGCAAGAUGUUGGUGGAGCACAAAGUCUCUUCAAGCAACAACCCGCUUGACCUUGUGACUGAGGAUCGCAUACCUUGCGACUGCAAUUCUCGCGAGUGCAAUCCAAAACAAGAGAAUUUCCCACACCGACAACUU